AUGACCGCUUCAUCAGAGCUUUUACUGCGAACUUGGGAGGGGGUUCGAUUACCCGUGCAGAGCUGA